GCCCUCUGAGUGGGAAGAGUAGACUCAGGGUCACCAGAAGACACCCUUGAGAAGACAGCUGAAGGUGCUGGCUGCUGGCAUCCAGGUCACGCAACUUCUUCUGUCUUCUGUACUCGGUUCCUAGGGCCUGCAAUGGCGCCUGGCAUGAGAAGGAUUGAAUGUGGGAUGCUUUAGCCUGGGCACCUUUCUGCAUGUCUGCUGCAGGUGGCCCAGGCUGGUGAGGAGCAGAGAUGCAGCAGGCCCAGUGUGAGAACAAACCUUUUCCUCCUUCAUUCACACAGCACGAUGAGCCCCAGUCGCCAAGUGCAUGUGGGCUUUUUCCAGCAGCCAGCUCUUCAGCUGGGUGUCCUCUCUAGCUGGGUGUCCCAGUCAGCUCAACUCUGACACCACCUGCCGGGGACAGCAUGAGAUUCCACAGGUUGGGGGCUCAGUCCCACAAGACCGCCCCCACUUCAGAUGCUGCAAGCACAGGUUAUGGUCUGUGCUUCAGACCAACUGGCUAUAAACUGAGCUUUUCAGGGUUCUUAUAUCUCGCUAGUGUGGGUCAGAAAACUCAGGGAAACACUUUAUUGUUGAUGUGUACUGGCUUCUUACAAAGGACAGUACAAAGAAUACAGAUGAACAGCCAGAUGGAGGAGAAUCCCUGGGUGAGGUGUGGGGAGGGGGCACAGAGCUUCCAUGCCUUCUCUGGGUGUGCCCUUCUCCAGGAAGCUGCCUGUGCCCGGGGAAGCUCUUCUGAACCUGUCCUUUUGGGUUUUUGUGGAGGCUUCAUGACGUACACAAUUGACUAAAUCAUUGGCCUUUGGUGAUUAACUCAACCUUCAGCUUCUCUCUCCUCCCCAAAGUCAGGAGGGUGCCAACCAGCCCCCAUCCCGAGGAUAUCAGGGAUCUGCCAAGAGUCCUCUCAGAACAAAAGAGCUCGGCUCCUGUCACCUGGGAAAUUCCAACAGAUUUAGGAGCUCUAUGUCGGGAACCAGAGUUCAAAGACCAAAAGUAAAAACAAAAGAUUCUCCUAGAGUUUCUAUCUACCAGGGCCCUAGGAUCUUUGUGUCAGGAACAGGGAAGAGACCAAAACCCGUUUCUUAUUCUACCACAAUCUCACAUCGCCCCCAUUAAGGGUGCCCUCCCUGUGCCACAAAAGGACCAGCGUGGAUGGGAGGGUGCUAGAGCCAGACCUCUGGGUCCUAAGGGCUCCAAUCCAAGCUCUUCUCGUGAAUGGCUGUGUAACCUUGGGCAAGUCCCAUGCCCCUCUCCACCUGUUUCCUCAUCCAUAAAAUGGGGCAACGAACCCCUUAGAGCUGACUCACAGGAUGCUCUCGGAGGAGGGAGUGCUCAGUGGCAGCUGGGCUUCCACACGAGGGCCCUGUACGGGGCUUCCCUAACCGUGCUCUGCCCCCUUACUGCUGAGUGGCCCAGCGCCACCCACUUAUGCAGACAGGACAUGGCCGAAGGGACAGGGCUGGUCAGGCUCUGAGCUGGGUACACCCAGGUGGGUCACCGCCCUGGGACUGCUAGAAUUCAGUUGCUGCCACUUCUUGGCUGUGUGAGUGAGACCUGGGCCUCAGUUUCCCCAUCAGUAGUAUAGGACUCAUGAAGAACGCUUUCUGGCAGAGUUGUUAACAUAUUUGGGGAUGAGGGUCAUCCCUCAGGCAAGUCCUUUGAAAAGAGCUUUGGGAGGGGGGUGGAGCGGUGUGCCCUCCUCAGCUACUGCUGGGAGCACACUGUUCCUGUCACCCAGCCCCCAGCGGGGGGUAGCAGGAGGAGAGGGUAUCUGCAGUCUGUGCCCAGCUCGGUACCACAUGGCUCCCCAUCUCCCCAUCGUCAAGAUGCAGAUCCCCACAUGGAGUGUUUGGUUGGUGUGGUGCCCCCGAGGCUGCCAUAGCACACCUCAGCAUUAGAGCCCCACCCACCCCUAAAACUCCUCAGACAGCACAGCCCUCCUGGAAGGGGAAAGGGGCCCAGCCCUGCUCCCCAGCGUGAAGCCUGCCUUCUGCAGAGUACUGCUCUCCCCUGGUCAGCACUGCAGGAAGCCUGCCUGAGGCCAGUGACCCUCGGACCUGCACAUGGCUCCCUGCACAGGCUCGGCACCCAAUGAGGGGCUGGAGGAGUGGCCCUGGGGCUGGAGGUCCCCCCCACUGGGCCCUAUCUGCCCAGUCUCUUCCUGGCCUCCCCACAGUGCUGGCCUUCACCUCCAUCUCAGCCACACAUGUCUAGCCUCCAGGCUCUGUGCUCUGGCCUGCCCAUUCGGCCCCUCCCAAAGAACCGAGGACGCCAGGCUGGGGUGCCCCAUGCCCCAGUCAGGACCCCUGGCCUCAGCCCUGCAGAGAAGCAGCUGGCACUGAGGAACGCCCUGCGCUACUUCCCCCCUGAUGUCCAGAAUGUGCUGGCCCCAGAGUUUGCCCAGGAGCUGCAACAGUAUGGGCACAUCUACAUGUACCGGUUUUGCCCUGACAUUGAAAUGAGGGCCUACCCAGUUGAGCAGUACCCCUGCCGGACAAAAGCGGCUGCCGCCAUCAUGCACAUGAUCAUGAACAACCUGGACCCUGCCGUAGCCCAGUUUCCUCAGGAGCUGGUGACCUAUGGAGGAAAUGGGCAAGUGUUCAGCAACUGGGCUCAGUUCUGGCUGACCAUGUCCUACUUGUCGAAGAUGACAGAGGAGCAGACUUUGGUCAUGUACAGCGGGCACCCGCUCGGCCUCUUCCCCAGCAGCCGCAGUGCUCCACGGCUCGUCAUCACCAAUGGGAUGGUCAUUCCCAACUACUCCUCCCGGAUGGAGUAUGAGAAGCUCUUUGCCUUGGGGGUUACAAUGUACGGCCAGAUGACAGCAGGUAGCUACUGCUACAUUGGUCCCCAGGGAAUCGUCCACGGCACUGUGCUCACUGUGUUGAAUGCUGCACGUCGGUACCUGGACAUCGAGGAUUUGGCUGGAAAGGUCUUUGUCACCUCUGGGCUUGGUGGAAUGAGUGGGGCUCAGGCCAAGGCCGCGGUCAUUGUGGGGUGCAUUGGCGUGAUAGCAGAGGUGGAUAAAGCAGCCCUUGAGAAACGCCACAAGCAGGGCUGGCUGAUGGAAGUGACUGACAGCUUGGACCAAUGCAUCAAGAGGCUCAGGGAAGCACGGAAGAAAAAGGAGGUGCUCAGCCUCGGUUACCAUGGCAAUGUGGUGGCUCUUUGGGAGCGCCUGGUCUAUGAAUUGGACACGACAGGGGAGUGCUUGGUGGACCUGGGGUCAGAUCAGACGUCCUGCCACAACCCAUUCAAUGGCGGCUACUACCCUGUGCAGCUCAGCUUCACGGAGGCCCAGAGCCUCAUGGCCUCCAACCCUGCUGUGUUCAAGGACCUGGUCCAGGAAAGCCUGAGGAGGCAAGUCUCAGCCAUCAACAGGUUGGCGGAGGAGAACUUCUUCUUCUGGGACUAUGGCAAUGCCUUCCUCUUGGAGGCCCAGAGAGCAGGAGCGGAUGUGGAGAAGAAAGGCGCCAGCAGGACGGAGUUCCGCUACCCCUCCUAUGUGCAACACAUCAUGGGGGACAUAUUCUCCCAGGGAUUUGGGCCUUUCCGCUGGGUCUGCACAUCGGGGGACCCCCAAGACCUGGCGAUUACAGACGAACUGGCCACAUCUGUGCUGGAGGAAGCCAUUGCUGAUGGAGUGAAGGCGUCUGUGAAGCUGCAGUACAUGGACAACAUCCGCUGGAUCCAGGAGGCCGCCAGGCACCAGCUGGUGGUGGGCUCCCAGGCGAGGAUCCUGUACUCGGACCAGAAGGGCCGUGUGGCCAUUGCUGUGGCCAUUAACCAGGCCAUCGCCCAUGGGAGGAUCAAGGCGCCGGUGGUCCUGAGCCGAGACCACCAUGAUGUGAGCGGCACUGACAGCCCCUUUAGGGAGACCUCCAACAUUUAUGAUGGCUCUGCCUUCUGUGCAGACAUGGCUGUGCAGAACUUCGUGGGAGACGCCUGUCGCGGAGCCACCUGGGUUGCCCUUCACAACGGAGGGGGCGUGGGCUGGGGUGAGGUGAUCAACGGGGGAUUCGGCCUUGUCCUGGAUGGGACCCCAGAGGCAGAGCAGAGAGCCAGGCUGAUGCUCAGCUGGGACGUCUCCAAUGGUGUGGCCCGGCGGUGCUGGUCAGGGAACCAGAAGGCCUAUGAGAUCAUCUGCCAGACCAUGCAGGAGAAUAGCGGCUUAGUGGUGACACUGCCCCAUGAUGUGGGGGACGAGCGGGUGCUGCGGCAGGCCCUGCAGCUCUGAGGGAGCCGACAGCUGCCACCCCUGCCUCCCUUCCUCCCCAGCAUCCUCACCUGCCCAACCACAGUGCAUGCCCUUCCUGCACACCCGCACCGCCUGCACUUCUCACACGGCCUUGCGUGACCCUCAUGGUGCCCUUCACAGGGUGCUACCACAGCCUCAUUUUACAGACAGCCCGCUGAGGCCCAGAGAUAUGCAGCCUUCUGUCCACAGCCAUGCUGCUUGCCUGGGAGCCCUGAGGGCUGUGAAUGUUUGUUCAGAGCCAAGUCUCAAGCCUGCCUGGCGGCCCUGCCGUGAACACUGGCUGAGCAUUCCCUGGCCAGGAUGAUCAUACCCUCUGCUUCCUGGCUGCCUGCCAGCCUCCACGAAGCUCUGUCUGUCUGCUGCCCAUCUGCUGUCUGUACAAGCACUUUCUGGACCCUUGGUGCCCUGGGCUGCUGGCCUGGAGGAGUCCAGGAAGGAGGAUAGACCGGGAAAUAAAGGGUUCAACAGA